UGUGCUUCAAUUUCAAUUAGAAAGACACUAAAAUGAACUGUUUAUGUUGCAGUUGAAAACCCCCUGAGUCUUCUGGGAUUUAGGCAAUUGAUUAAUUUUUCAUAUUUAAAUAACAAUGAGCUGAAUCACAAGGGAAUAUGAACGUUAUGUGUACCAACCCCCAGCUCCUGAGGGCCUGCCGCUAGCUUUACGAGCCGCUGAGGUAAUCCCCUUACAGCUCAAGCACCCAGCACAAAGCAUCUCUGGGGAAAACGAAGAAAAAGACACUCAGCUCGUGCCAGACCGUGGCACCACCGGGGGAUUCACCAUCCAGCACGACAUGCGCAAGCUGCCUUUACCUUGGCCGAGAAGCAAACCAAGGGCUGAUAGGACCUGAGGAAAACAGGGAGGUGUCUUCAUAAAAUGCCCGUGGAGAAUCCCCUCUUUUUUCGCCCCGCUCCCAAGAUGGCGUCGAUGCGGGAGAGUGACACUGGCCUGUGGCUACACAACAAACUGGGCUCCACAGACGAGCUGUGGGCGCCGCCGAGCAUUGCCUCGCUGCUCACGGCUUCGGUGAUCGACAACAUCCGUCUCUGUUUCCACGGGCUCUCCUCGGCCGUCAAGCUCAAGCUGCUUCUAGGGAUGCUGCACCUGCCCCGCCGGGCAGUGGAUGAGAUGAAAGGGGCACUGACUGAAAUUAUCCAGCUCGCUACCUUGGAUUCAGACCCCUGGGUCUUAAUGGUAGCUGAUAUUUUAAAAUCCUUUCCAGAUACUGGCUCCCUUAACCUUGAUCUUGAAGAACAGAAUCCCAAUGUUCAAGAUAUUUUAGGAGAACUUAGAGAAAAAGUAAGUGAAUGUGAAACUUCAGCUAUGUUGCCGUUGGAAUGCCAAUACUUAAACAAAAAUGCCUUGACUACACUAGCUGGGCCACUUACUCCCCCAGUGAAACACUUUCAGCUGAAAAGGAAACCUAAAAGUGCCACUCUCAGAGCUGAACUCUUGCAGAAGUCAACAGAAACUGCACAACAGCUAAAGAAGACUGCAGGAGUGCCUUUCCAUGCCAAAGGCAGGGGACUGGUCAAAAAGAUAGAUACAACAACACCACUCAAAGGAAUACCAAAACAAGCUCCAUUCAGGAGUACUUCAGCACCUAGUGUAUUUAGUCCAUCUGGAAACAGAACCCCUAUUCCUCCUUCGAGAACACCUUUGCGCAAAGAAAGAGGAGUAAAGCUUUUAGAUAUCUCUGAGCUGGAUAUGGUAGGUGCUGGCCGUGAAGCAAAGAGAAGAAGAAAGACAUUAGAUACAGAAGUUGUGGAAAAGCAAGCCAAAGAAGAAACAGUAGUAGAAAAUGCUACCCCAGAUUAUGCUGCUGGUCUUGUGUCUACACAGAAACUUGGUUCAUUGAACAAUGAGCCUGCACUACCUUCUACAAGUUAUUUACCCGCUACCCCCAGUGUGGUUCCGUCUUCCUCAUAUAUCCCAAGCUCUGAAACACAGCCAGCUGGCUCUGCACGAGAGGCCUUGCAGACUAACAGACAGCCUGAAGAGCCUGCAGCUCCAAAUGCUACUACAACUCUUCCUGCACAAUUUAAACAAAGAACACCUAUGUACAAUAGUAACUCUAAUCCACCUGCAGCUACACCUACCUCACCCCUAACACCUACCACACCUCCUGCCAUUUCCCCAGCAGCACAAGCACCACAAGUAGCCCCUCAAACUCAGCAGCAGCCACCACCAAAAAAAAGCCUGUCUCUCACAAGGGAGCAAAUGUAUGCUGCACAGGAAAUGUUCAAGACUGCAAACAAAGUUACAAGGCCAGAAAAGGCUCUUAUACUUGGAUUCAUGGCAGGAUCAAGAGAGAAUCCUUGCCAAGAGCAAGGUGACAUCAUCCAAAUUAAACUUAGUGAGCAUACAGAAGAUUUACCAAAGGCAGAUGGCACUGGCAGCACCACUAUGUUGGUUGAUACAGUCUUUGAAAUGAACUAUGCUACUGGUGAAUGGACCAGAUUCAAGAAGUACAAACCUAUAACUAAUGUUUCCUAAGAGAUGCAGCAACAGCAGACUGGACCAAAUCAAGCUUAGAGUCAACCAACUCAUAGAGUAUGUCAACUGUACAAAAUGGCAUUCAUGUGUACAUUUCUUAUUACCCUCCAGAAUAGAGAAGUUACGGCUCUCUAAUAACUGGGCUCAGUGAAUGCAGAAGAAGAUGUCAAACUCACUUUGGUUUUUUUUUUUUUUUCAUUGUGGGAGAGGGAGAGGUGAUCUUAAGGUGGGGGGGAAGUUGUUGGUGUGAUUUUGUUUUCCUACAGUUCAAGAUGCCGGAAAAGGAGAUCACAACUGAAAGAUUAUGGAUGGGAGCAGUUUACUUCUCAGUACUGAAAGAUAACUGCUGCAGUCAUUCACAGUUUACCAUUAAAUGAGGGCACAGAUCUUUAUUGUAAAAAUAUUUUCUUUGGCUACAUGGGUUCUAUUGUAAGAAUAGACAUUUAAAGCACCACAGAUCAGUGCUUGAUUAUUUUGUAGUUCAGCUGCAGUAUAACUAAAUAUUGCAGGUGGUAUAUGUCCAGUGUCUGAUGGUACCCACUGUAUGUUAGCUUAUUUAUGCUUGGGUCAUAGGCUGAGAUUGAGCAGCUUUGUUAACUCGCUUACUGUCCAUGUCCAUGCCCAGCAGAGUUAAUCUAUAUUUGGCAUUAUUUGAGAGAAACUGAGUAUCGUAGCUUUCUGAGGAACAACACCAUAAUAAGAAAGAAAUGAUGGUGGCUUGUCACUGCCUGGAAGUGAUAGCUAACUCUUUGCCCUCCAAGUCUUGGGGUAGAAGUUGAUCUAUGGUUUCUGCAUAGCAAGCCCUUUGAACUGCAUAACUUACCUGGGAGGAAGUGAAACUAUUACAUCUUGAGACCAAUUGCAGCUGAAUGUAAAAAUGGCCCUAGAAAUGGCUCAGUGACGCAUCUGAAUGUAGAUAGUUGGAAGACUUGUUGUCUUGAGGCAGUGUUAAUUAUGUUUAGUUGAGCAGUCAUAUCGCGUAUGAGCCCUGAUCCAAAAAGAUUUGAAUGACUGUAGCUGUGGUUGUUACCAGUGCAAGUUAUAUCAGUAUAAUCACUAAUGUGGCCACAAUUAUAUGGGUGUAUAAAUGUGCCUUAUACUUGUCCCCUUCUAGUAGAAGCACAUCUUUGUCUUUAUAACUGUGUUCACACCACUGGUAUAAUCUGGCUUUAAUAGUACAAAUAAAUCUUGCAGUUAUUGAGAGGGCUUAUGUACGUAGUUCAGGAUUCAUCAUCUGAAGGAGACUUGGCUUAAACAUCUGGUUUCUGCAAGUAUGUGUGUGUGGAGCUGUGCUUGGUUGAGAACAGUGCUUAAAAGGAAGAAAUACAAAGAUGAGUAGCAUAGUGGUUGGUUGGUGCUGAGGAUGUUAUCUUGGGCUGAUUAGAGGUUCGUGUUAAAGUGGAACUCUUAGGACAAAAAGGCUUUUUGCUUUCUUUUUUCCAAAAAGAAAGCAGACCAAAUCCCCCAAGUACACAUAUACUAACAAAGGCUUUUAGGUGAUUGAUUAGAAUCUUUUUGUAUUGUGGAAUUUUUAUUGGAUUUUAUUUUUAGUUUUUUCAAACAAAUUAUCCAACAGAACAGGGCAAGUAUAAAUAAUAAGAAAAUCUAUAUUCUGCAGUGUUUUAAUAUGUGACCAAAAGUACAGAUUUCUUAACUUAUAUAAAAGCAGAUAUACAGAAUGUUCUAGCUUCUGUAGUGGGCAAGUUAUUUGAUGGUAGCUGCUACCAUUACAGAGUUGUGCAUGUAGUAAUGUGAUGUUUACUAACAUGUAACUGUCACACCGGGGGCUCUCCUCUACAUAAUUACCCCAUUUCAGAAUCGAUGCAGAUUAUAAUUCCUACUGUGAUUUUUCUUUAAACAGAAACCAGCCUGAGAAGUGAGGAUGAGUGGUGGGGUUUAGUUUUUAGGAGUUCAGUAGAAUGAGUUUUCAUGAUUUAACUUAUUUGAUUAUAGUAUGUUACACAGUAAGGGCUAACAAUAGAAUAUGAAAGUAUUUGCCUUUUUAAAAGAAAGGUGUAAAGAAAAGUGACAUUCCUUUUCUUGUCUGCAUUCAGAUUUUUAAAGCUUUCUUGUGAUGACCAGUUUCCUGUAAACAUGUAUGAUACUUCUGUCUUAACUGUUCCUGCUUGCUAGAUAAGCUGCAAGUACCAAAUACAGUUUUUACAAAGAACUUUUAGAAAAUUAGCUGACCUGAGGGGCAUGUAUUGACAUUGUAAGUUGUUGAUGCAAGGCUCUUUGCAAUUUAGUAGUGUUCAAGAGGUGCUGUGUGAUGGCUCUUUUGGCUUACUUGAGAUUAAUGGGGGUCCCUUGCUAAACUUUCUUGGUCCACAGAAGUCUGUAUCUCAGACUGUGCUGUUGGGAUGGAAACAGGUGUCCCUCUCCUCUUCAGGAAGCCCUCCGAGGAUGCAGUGGGGUCAUUUGAGUGCAGUAGUGUAUAGGAAGCUUAACCGUGAUGCUGUGUGUAUUUGCUGCAUAACAAAGUUGGUCUCCAGGCCUAUUUGUCUAAAGUCAGUCAUAUGCAAUAAACUGAAAUUUUAAAUAGAAGCAUAGGAUCUUUUUAAUUCCUUAAAGUCAUUAGUAUGUGAAAAUUUUAACACUGCAAAAAUAAUUUAUUUUUAAAGUUAAUUUACGACCCUCAAUACGAGAGCAUUACUUCAUCUUGAUCUGUGAGUCUAGAAUUUUUUUUAAAAUGCAUAAUGAAAGGGAAGUUUUUGCCACGUUAAAACCAUAGGGUAAGAAGAAAAACUACGUGGAGCUUUUUGGUUCAGAGAAUGCAAUCGUUGAACUGGUGGCCUGAAAGUGGGGAUAAUGGCAGACAAUUUGGAAGGGGCAACAUCAGCGUUUAAAUUCCAGUAUGAUAGAAUUGUUGCAUACAGAACAAAAUCUGGCCCUGGAACUUGGUAUUUUUUGUCUUGAAUAUUCAGUCACUUGGAUGUCAGCUAGAUUCUAUCCAGUGAGGCUCAAUGUGUGCUGUAAGAUUAAACAACAACAUUUGUUGACUCUAGGAUGACUUGCAGAUGUACUGACGUAUUGACCAGAGAAGUAGCUCAGUUUUCUUAAAGCUUUGUUUGUGUCCUUUUCUAUUUCCUUUUAUCCAAGCAUGAAGUUUUAGGAAAUAGCAAGCCUAAACUCCCGAGGUGAAUUAGUGCACCUCAGCAAGGCAGGAUGUCCUAGCUUCUUUUGCCCUUGCUUGUAAAGAAGCACCUGUCUAUGCAAGCCUAGGCAUGAUAUGAAUUAGCACGUUUGGUUUUUAGAGUAUGGAAUACUGGAAAAAAUCAAUGAAAGUGGCUUGUGUUUUCCCUGUCCAAUCCAAACUUUUUUAUUCUUAGGGGAGAAAGAGCACAUACAUGCAUACCCAGGCUUCUUUAACAACUUGUCCUACACUGAAGUGCUGUGUUUCUUUAGGCUCCUUUUUCUUUCAUGAGCGCUGUGAGGACCAGAAAGAGUGAAAUGAGUGUAAUGAAGAUGGUGAGCCUGGGGAAGAUACUGAGCAAGAGUUUUGAUCAUAGAUUCCAUCUUCCAUUUCGACUUUCCUACCCUAGUGCUCUGUAGUUAUCUCCAUACAGAACAGUCUAGGCUUAAUGUGGUUAACACUAGCAUUGGGCCAGUAUUUUGUGGGUUGACUUGAUUUUUCUCUGGUAGCUUUGCUGUUUAAUCUUUCAGUUAAAUACCAUAGGAUGCUGGAUGAAACAGGGAGGACCCUUUGGUAAUUGCUUGAUGUCUCUCUGUGAAAUUGGUCUUUCCAGAGAAGAAAAACUUCUCUCACUAAGUUGUGUCAAACUGCAGACCACUUGUCUAGAUGAAAGAAGCUUGAGACUUUGACAUUAUACAGUUUCAGAAUGAAUCACAUUUUCAUAGUAAGAUCUGACUGGAAAAAAAAAAAAAAAAAAGACUAAAAAAUGUUAAGCCAGAGCCCUCUGGGAAUCUGGUGCCUUUAACAAGAACUGUCAUUUUGUAAAACGUUUCAUCUAUAGUAUAGCCCGUAUGUUUUCUAUUGUUUUUUUUGUACAGUUGUAAAUUCAAAAUAUUCUGUCUUUGGGUACGUAUUUUCAGUGUAAUACAGUAUGUAUAAUAAAAAUUUAGAUUUUCUAAGGAA